AUGCGUAGUAAACAUCCUGCAAGCGCGCCGUCUCCUCUCCCUAACGUCCAUGUUACCAACUAUGGGCGCAUCAACUCGCCCGGUGACGACAUCCGGGUAGACAUGGUGAAAGAGAAGCGCCAACCGGCGGGGUGCUCCAACGCCGGCUCUGGAGCAAGUUGUGACGAGGAAGAGGGCGACGAAGACCCAGGGCAUGCUUCGCGCCUAUCGCACGCACAGCAUCACUCCCGCUGGAACCUGAGGAGACCCCCGCAUCCCGUGGUGCUGCAGUGGAUAGCGGAGGCGUGGGAUCAAGUCCCUAGGCAGGUGAUCAUUGACGCGUUCCGUCACUGUGGCAUCUCAAGCAAGCUGGAUGGGACCAAGAACCAUCUGGUGAUGUCCCACCUGCGCACGAGGAGCACCACCGAUGUCACCGAAGACAUGUGCCUCGGGGGCACCACGGGCGACAACACGCGCCUGCUUGGGAAGGCUACCAAGGAGGAGGAGGAGGAGGAGGAGGAGGAGGAGGAGGAGGAGGAGGAGGAGGAGGAGGAGGAGGAGGAGGAGGAGGAGGAGGAGGAGGAGGAGGAGAUGCUGGCGGAGGGCGUGAAAGAGGUGGCCGUGGCCACCGGCCUGGAGGUGCUGUACCAGGAGACCCCUCACUACCGGGGAGCGGCGGCCGAGGCUGACCGCAUGAUCGAGCCCGUGCAGAUAGCCAGGCACGCCUGGCGAGUGCCAGACUUGGGGAUGCAGGAGCCAGCAUCUGCUAGUGCAGAUGAGGAGGGCGUAACCGAGGGGGGCUAG